GAUAACGCUAAUUCAGUUCUUUUUUUGUCGAUUGUAUAAUAUCGUCUAAAGAUGAAUUUCACGAAAUUACUAUCAGGCAACUGCAGAAAUUUGAGAUUUUUCUGCACAAAACAACGUCCUAAUGCACCUGCAAGUGCUCAAACGCCCAAAGAUCCAUUGGCAAAUGUAAAAGGCUUAUCAGCAAAUUGUGUUGAACCCAAUAAAGGACCCGUAGGUCCAGGCGCAAAAGCUGAUGGAGAAUACAAAGUACCCGAAUAUUUCAAUUACAACACGAUGAGUUUCCAUGAAGCUGAAGUUGAAAUGGCAAAAUAUCGUAUCCCUCAACCUUCAAGUCUCAAGUAAAAAAAAUCCUAAUUAGUUCGCACUGUUGAAAAAUUUGAUGUUAAAUAAAAUAAGCCUUCUCUAAAAAGUGAGCAAA